UGUUUGACUGCAGGAAGACAGUGAGCUGCUCAGGUGUUCCUGAUAACACCAAGCAGCCACCUGGACAGCCAAUAGGAACACAGCUUACUGGAAGUGCAGAGGGCUGGCUUAGUGAAGUAAAUUUAAAGUUGAACCAGAAAGUUCACAAAGAAAGUUGAAAACCACCUUCUGAUACCUGAAAUCUCUGAGUUUUCACACAAAGAACACUUGAACAUGUCAAACUGGUUCCAUAGUAGAACUUUCACUGUAAAAACGUCGUAGUAUGGUGUGUUGCUCAAAAAACAUUAAGACCUGCUAUCUAGGGUCGCCGAGGAGCGACACAAAAAGCUGGUUUCCAGGGGGUCAGGAGGCUAUUUAUUUGAAAGAGUAAGUUUACAACAACACAACAUGUGAGCAGAAAAAUCACAAAGUCUGUCUUUAGUUCAGCUGAAAAUAUUAGUUUUUGUCUUUUUUAUUGACCAAACUUUUUAGGAAGUAGAUGAAGAAUAAUUAAAGCUCUCAUGUAGAAGUCCAACUUAUUUUGGCUCCUUGUGGAGAGUUUAAUCUUAGAGUUUGUAAAGCUGUUGAGUUUUAGAGUCACAUGGAUUGUUUUGACAUUUAAUAACCGAGUCCUGAAAUAAAAUUACAGUUGUGGAUUUCUGUCAUUGAGUCUGGACUAAACAAACAACAGCAGCAUAAAUCUCAAACGUCAUUAUGAGGAGUCUGGAUUGAGGUUUCUCACUUGAUAAUGAUCAAAACAUGAAAUUUAGGUUGGUUUAAAGGAAUGUUCCACCUUAAAUCUUUGAAUGUUGAACUAAAAGGUUGGUGGAAGUAUUCCACAUACAAGGUCCUCACUCAUCCACCUUAAAGGAAGAUUCCACCAAAAAUCCCUGGACAUGCACCUAAAAUGUUGGUUUAACCGAAUAUUCCAUCCAAAAUCCUCAAACAGACCUGAGGGACUGGUUAAAAGGAAUAUUCCACCUAAAACCUCAACUAGGGCAGUAUGUGUAGCAGCGGCAGCAGAAAGAGGACCUCUCUGGGUGGAAGAACCGCAUCUGAGUGAGUGGCAGCUCCCUUUCUGCUCUUACCUUACUCACGAAACUCAAGUCCCAUGGAGGACUCGAGUAGUUGACGUUUCCUGCUGCAACCUUCUCUUUUUCAGAUUUCUUCCACGUCCGAUCGCUCCCGACUCGGUUUUUGUUGAUGUUUUUGACUCUUUUUCCAAGCUUUGACCAAUCCAAGAACAUGAAGUACAUCAUCGGCAUCGACGGCGUAACCAAUAGAGGGAAAACCACCCUCACCAACUGCCUGAUCAAGAACCUGCCCAACUGCUGUAUGGUCUAUCAGGAUGACUUCUUCAAGCCCCAAGAUCAGAUAGAAGUUGGUGGCUUUAAGCAGUACGAUGUCAUCACUUCUCUGGACAUGGAGGCCAUGAUGAGUACGAUCUACGUGUGGCUGGAGAACCCGAUGAAGUUUGUGAAGUCUCAUGGCGUAAAUAACACCCUGGACACAGAGAUCAUCCCACAGUCCGACCACAAGGACGAGGAAGAGACUCACAUCCUCAUUGUGGAGGGCUUCCUGCUUCACACCUACAGGCCUUUGAUGGACAUGUUAAACCAACGUUACUUUAUUUCCAUCCCAUAUGAAGAAUGCAAAAAGAGGAGGUGCUCUAGGAAGUCCACGGUGCCAGACCCCCCCGGCCUGUUUGAUGGCCAUGUCUGGACCAUGGACCUGCAACACAAGAACAUCUGCUCACUGUGAAAGAUUAUCGAGAGCAGCUUUUUGUGAUUUCUGUGCAGAACACUAUGAUGUUUGCUGAUCUGUGUACUAUUAAAUGACUUAAGAAUAUGGAGUAUUGUUCCUGUUAAUUAUUGUUCUCAGGUUUACUGUUAAAUGUAUAGAGUGCUACUUAUUGUAUUUUAAAAUUUACAUUACUGCACAGAACAUUUCGGAUUAUUUUACUACAGAUCAAGGGUACAGAUUGUUGUUGUUCACUGUGUACUGGGUAGUACUCAUUUUGAUUUAGACUGAUUAGUAUCCAGAACCCUGUGAUGUUUCUGGUUUACA